CAGCAUGUUGCAGAACCUACACACAAGCGUAAGGGCUCGCUGGACUUGAUAAUUACAAGGGCAAACGAAGAUACUGUUUUGAACUGUAAGGUUGAGGAUCCUGACCUAUCUGAUCACUAUGUGGUACACUGCAAGUUGACAUUGGAUAAGCCCACUGCUCGUAGAGUAGAAAAGACUUAUCGAAAACUACGAAGUGUAGAUAUGCAGGCUUUACGGAGAGAUCUGACAACUUUGCCUGUUUUCACCUCCCCGGCUACAAAUGUAACCGAUUUAUUAGCACAGUAUUAAAAUGAUCUUGAUGGUUUGCUUGAAAUCCAUGCGCGCCUAAAAAGACGUGUGGUCACCUUAAGGCCUUCCACGCGAUGGUAUAAUGAUGAAAUUGCCUCUGCAAAGCGUGAACGACGUAAACUGGAGAGGCACUGGCGAAAAACCAAACUAACUGUACACCAACGACUGUACAAAGACAAAUGUAAACAAGUCAGGUCUUUAAUUACAUCGGCAAAGAUGGAGUGUUACUCUGAUUUGAUAAAAGAAAACAAAGGCAAUCACAAGGUGUUGCAUGUUUUCCGCCAUUGACCGCGUGUUAAACCUGACACCGGAGAAGCCUCUUACCCUUCUUGCGAGUCUGCAAAAGAAUUAUGUAACAACUUCGCGGAUUUUUUCCCAAGAAGAUUGCCACAAUUCGAUCGAAUCUAGACUCUUUGGCACUGCGCGAUAUCCCUUUCCGAUUUUCCCGUUUUAAUAAUCCCUCUAUUCAAUGUGAGUUUAACCAGUUCAAGCCGACUACUGCUGUCCAACUGAGCAAAUUAAUAACUAAAAUGGCUAGGAAGUCGUGCCCUCUAGACCCGAUGAUUCCUUCCUAACUUAUUUAAGUUGUGCUUUUCUGAUUUGGUACCAAUCAUAACAAAGAUUGUUAAUUCCUCUUUAGAAAGUGGUGAAGUUCCUCUGCCUAUGAAAAGAGCUAUUUUAUCUCCUCUUCUUAAAAAACCGUCCCUUGACACUGAGUUCUAUCCAAGCUUCAGACCGGUAUCGAACCUCAUGCUUGUGCCCAAGGCGACAGAAAAAAUAGCGGCUAGGCAACUCAGGGAAUAUUUAUGUUCAAAUGGAUUAAAUGAGGAACUUCAGUCUGCUUAUAAAGCUAAUCAUAGCUGUGAAAAAGCUCUGAUUCGAGUACAGGAUGAUAUCCUCAAAGCCAUCGAUAGUCAUCGCUGUGUUUUGUUUUUGCUAUUGGAUCUUUCUACAGCCUUUGAUACGGUUGAUCAUGAAAUUCUUCUAGGAAGACUCUCCUCUAGGUUCGGUGUAAAAUGAAAAGCCCUGGAUUGGCUACGAUCUUACCUUACAGACCGUACUCAGCUUGUGAAAGUAGACGACGCCUCAUCCACGGUACGACCCCUUCAUUGGGGUGUGCCUCAACGUUCGUUCCUAGGCCCCAUGCUUUACUUAUUGUAUACAUCUUGACUGGGUGAUAUUGUUCAUGAGCAUGGCUUGUCGUUUCACUUUUAUGCUGAUGACUCGCAGCUUUAUACAUCUUUUCCUUGCAGUGACACCUCUGAUCUAGUGGCUGCAAAACAACGUCUUGAGAACUGCGUUGCUGACAUCAAUUUGUGGAUGACUGCCAACAAGUUAAGGCUUAACAAUGAUAAAUCAGAAUUUCUCUUUCUGCACUCCCGUUUUCGUCAUUCGUUUCCCCCUCCCACGAUUUCUGUUGGCAUGGAAAACAUCAGGCCCUCUCAACAGGCUCUAGCUUGCGAAGCGCAGACGCAUUUCCGGUCGUCGCUUCUCUCCCUCCGAAAAAUAUUUUUCGGAGGGAGAGAAGCGACGACCGGAAAUGAGUCUGCGCUUCGCAGGCUAAACAGGCUCGCAAUCUUUGCGUAAGUUUUGACGGCACAAUGUCACUUUCACCUCAUGUUAAUACAAUAGUUAAGGGUGCCUUCUGUCACAUACGAAAUAUUUCUAAAAUAAGAAAAUACAUCAGUAAAAGUACCACAGAAAUUCUAAUUCACAGUUUUGUUAGCUCGAAGUUGGACUUUUGUAAUUCUCUUCUUUUUGGUGCCCAAAAACGGGACAUAGUUAAGUUGCAGUCCGUUCAGAAUGCGGCUGCACGAAUUAUCGCCGGUCUCAAAAAACGAGAUCAAAUCACCGAGACCCUAAGAGAUCUUCACUGGCUUCCUGUUGAGGAGAGAAUUGUUUUUAAAAUAAAUUUAAUAACUUUUAAAACAUUGAAUGGCUUUGGUCCCCGUUAUCUUGAAGAUAGUUUAAAAUUUUACCAUCAAUCAAGGACAUUACGGUCAUCAAGGGAUCAUUUACGCCUUGAAGAACCACAGCCAGCGAGCUUUUUCCGUUGUUGCCCCCGACUAUGGAACAAGCUCCCCUUUGAAAUUCGAGCUUGUUCUGAUGUUAAUCUGUUUAAAUCUAAGCUGAAAACUUUUCUUUUUAAAAAGGUAUGUAACAUUUAG